AUUAUUUUGAUUUGAGUCGUCCAAUAAUGGCGUUUAAAUGUUUAAAACCGGAGCGUGUUUACGUGUGUGUCGGUGGUUUGUACGCUGACGUUAACGUCAUAUGUCUGCUGUCACUAUUCUGAAGUGUUGAGUUAGCUUCAUUCACCGGCUGCAGCUAACUUAGCUGCCUCGUUACGUAGCUAGUUGCUUUGAAACCUCAGAAAUUAGCAUAUAUGUCCCAUGUUUCCCUCACUUUAAGCUGUUUCUGAGUGUUGGUGCGCACAGGGGACAGAGAAGAAGAAGAAGAAGAGGGGGAAGACCAUGCAUGGACCUCCUUGGUCUUUUGUCUGGAGUGCAAAAUUAGCCCUUUUUUCCAUUGACAAAAUCAAACUUUUCCUUCCACACAUGUUGUAUUUAAUUGAAUGGUUAAAAGGAUACCAAUGAUCAAAGAUCAGUGCUCUCUCCUUCUCUGGUCCUCACUCUCCUUGUCCACAUUUUUGUGGUUAGGUAUGUGGUUCCCCUAAAAAUGUUUGGACACACAAGUCUGACUCUGUAAACCUCAUCUCUUUGUUAAGAAUAAUCUGCACCCUUUGAUAGUACUCUUUAGAUACCUAUCGCACAUUAACCUGCUCAACCCGCAAGUCAGGAUAUAACAAUGUCCUCCUUGCUAUUAUUUGAAUGUUGAGGGUUGGGUCUGAUGGGUGGAGCCUCUCCAUCCCUCUCACACACACACACACACACACACACACACACACACACACACACACUGUGGAGAUAUGAAUGUAGAGAGCGACCACAGCUCUGCUUUUCCUCCAGUGGAAUGAGUUUAUGCACAUCGGCCCAAUGAUUUAUUGUCUCCUAACAUACAGCAGUAACAGAGACUGAAAAGCAAGCCACGUGUACAUGCAAGCAAAACAAAGCAGAUGUUAUAGCUGGAUUAUUUCUAGUCUGUGUUUCUAGUCUUUUACCCUCAUGAUUCUGUCAUUGCCACAGAAACACACUUCAACACCCUCAAUCGACUCGAACAACAUUGGGCAUUUGUGGUGUGUCUACAGCUGAAGUUUCAGUUCAACAGUCUUGAGACAUUUGAGGCCAUGUUCACACGGACGUGAUCGCAGCGUGAAUAAAACGCAGCACCCUAAUUCAUUUCCGACGCUUGGUUGUCGGGCAAAAAAGGUGGAAACUUGCUGCAAUGUUGCCUGGCAAUGCAACUGUGUGGGCCAGUUAAAUAUGUCGAAGCGCACAUUCCUGGUAGAUUAGUUUUCCACCGUUGUAAAAUCCUUCCUCGUAGUGUUUUGGUAUUAAAUAGACCUUUUACAUUCACGACUCUAUAACCCAAACUGGACUUGGAUCGUAUUCAUCACCUCACUAGCACCACGAGUCUGAAAGGCCGGGAGUACAUUAGCAGACAAGUACUUUAUAUCUGACAGAUAUAUCUUUUUUGUUUAUCUUUUGUUGUUGUUAAGAGCACCAAGGAGGACAACCCCUCUGCAGGUGAAGGCGUAAUCAAAAACAGGCCCAGAGGGGAUGCAUCUCUCACGUUAUGGUCCAAUAUUUACAUAUUUAAUUGGGCUUCACAGUCUCAAUGUUUAUUUUAAACAGCACACGCAUGCUUCACCUCUGUGGUGACACCUAUUGGUGACACCUAAAGACCUGUCAGACUGGCAAGUGUCACAUUUACUUCAAUGACAGCCUUGCGAUAGCUUUGCCACCCAAACCUUAGCUGUGACAAGUUGCUGCGUUUCAUUCGUCUUCUGCUGUUUGACGACAGUAAGCGGACCUCUGUGCUCACUGUUCUGUGAUUUGUAAUGAGACCGAUGCGCUGCAGUUGUCACUUCCAGUCCCAAAGAGCCGUUCAGCGUUACUGUAUCAGAAAUGUGUAACUCUGCAUGCUUUUGGUUCUUCGUGGAGGCAUUUCUAGUGUCCACAGUUUGGUCAUUUCAUGAGAUUAGCACUUGGUUGUGUCUUGUGUUUGGUUCUGUAAUAGUUUAUGUAAAGAGUAAAGUAAAGACCCACUAAAAGCAGGGGAUCCUGAAUAUUUAUCCUUCCAGAAUAACUACUCCAGAGAUGGGUAUCCUGCAUUUCUACCACUGCCUUGAUUUAGCUUGAAUGCACAUGUUAGUACAAAGGUGAAUUAUUGCAGUAACAGUCAAAGAGGCAAUCCGUGGCACAUGCAUCCUCUUUGCCCACAUGUGACUUUUAAAAGCUCCGGUGUGAUUACUUGAAGCUGAGAGCGAUGAUGUAAAUUACGGCCACAAUUUCACAGAAAAACAUUGUUGGAAUUUGAAAUAUGUGUUGAAACGUCCUCAAAGUUACUUCACAAAGCUGCCGCUGAAGUAAGAAGAUUGAAAAUCCUGUUGAAGUAGGUGACGUGCAAAUUGGUUUGACUGGUAAAAUAAGACACGGGUCUCAAUAUUGUUGGGUAACAUUAUUCAGACUUUAUUUGUUGGACGUUUGUCUUUAUUUUGUCAGAUUUAUCUGAGAUCAAGAGUCGGUCGGUUCUGUGUAAAAGUUCAUGAUUUGUAGGUUUAAAAGUGACCUCAGCUGGCCUGAUGGUGGCACCAGAGGAGCUGUUUUGAGUGAGCACAUUCACCCAGUGUUGCAUUAAACAUCCCUCACCCAAUUUCAAAAGCAGUUUGAAAUAUUAUUCACCGUUUUGACAGACAAUGUAGCUGCUGGCACUGCAGUUGGGGGUGGAAGUGUCCACCGUAGAAUCAAACCUUUGUUGUUGAGUCCUUUUACAGGCUUUUUAAAGAUGCUUCCUUUCCACUGAGGCAGGGCUUCGAUGAUUUCUACCAGAAGAAGCAAAAAAUAUAUGUACAACAAAACAUUUUGCCUUGUUACCAGAUGCAAGAAACUCAGAGGACAAACCUCACACAUUUAAAAUAAAAAGUUUCAAUCAUUACUGGCCAAAACUGUGAGUUCACUUUUGGACUGAUGAUUGUGUAAGAUCGAUCGUUUGUAUUGGUUUCAACGUCUGUGUUUUAAAUUUUAUAUAAAAUUGUAAAGGACUUUAUUAAUGGUAAUGUGACCUUUCAGAUAACGCAAUAAAACACGUAGGAAAAAAAUCAAGGCAGUAAAACAAAGUUACAGUAUCAUAAAGACCGUGUGAUUGGCUGGACGUAGUUCUUCUUCAUGCAUAAUAUUCCUGCGGCUGUAUUGGCUCAGUGCUGCUGUGAUGGAGCUGUGUCACAUGAUCAGUUUUUCCAUCAUGCCCGUUAACCUGCUCGUCCACAUACAGUCGCUUCUUAUCACUGAUUACUAACCAUGUUCAGAUAUUUGAAUGGUAGGGGUGUAAUCAUCACGUUUUCAUUUUUAAAUACGCAAAAGUAGGUCGUAGUACUUUUUUUAAAUGUAGCACACAACUUGAAUGAAACGGUGUAUUUUGACAACAUGUAUUGAAUUUAGAUCUUUGCAUGAACCAUAAAGCGUAUUGUUACACUGGAUGUUUAAAGAUGAUGAUAAUCAGGAUUAAUAAGGACUAUUUUCAUUAUCGAUCGAUCUACUUCUUAUUCUUUUAUUAUUAAAAUGCCCCUCACACGUCCCUUAGUCUUCGUUUGACCAUCUGUCCCGAAUCCAGUUAUAUCUCAUUAAAAAAAAACAAUAUUCAAAACAAUAUAAAUGACUGAUUUCUUAAUCGACCCAUCAACAUUUUUAGCAGUGUGUAUCUAUCUAUCUAUCUAUCUAUCUAUCUAUAUAGAGAUAUAUAGAUAUAUAUCUCAAACAUUAUUGGUAAUCCAAACAUUUUUACCACACCUCCUCACACCAUGUGUUGCGUCAUCAUUUCAUCAGCACCACUUUGAUCUAUUAGGAUAAAAACAUCUGUUUGGGUGCGUUUGCAAUAGUCACGUGACGAGGUGAAGGUGAAACAUGGCGGGCUGCAAUAAUCACACUCAUUCUUCCCAGUUGAUUGAAUCUCAUCUCUCGAUCGUUUUGAUGAUCUGCAUCUUCAAAAAGCCACAUGCAUUGAUCAUUGCACGCGGGUGAUCGAUGUACAUUUUGGUGUGUGCUGAAAUAGCCCACCCCGUCAGUCACGUGGUACAGGGUUGCAGCUACGUCAUCGGGGCUUUAGGUUUGUGGAGAAUAAGCAGGCAGAAGGAACGAGACCCGGAGGCGCGGCUCUCUCUCUUUUAGCAUUUUGCAUCGUUCCUGUUGUUGGUCCUUUUUUUUUUUUUUUGUUUCCUGGCCAGAGCGAGAACAGAGUAUCUGUUCAACAUUUUUUAGAGACACCCAAAUGCCCGGUCCCACCCAAGCCCUUUCCCCAAAUGGAGAGAAUAACAACGACAUCGUCCCGGACAACGGAACCAACAUCAUUCCUUACAGGAAAAAUACAGUGCGAGGAGAGCGCGCCUACAGUUGGGGGAUGGCGGUCAACGUAUAUUCUACCUCAAUAACCCAGGAGACUAUGAGCAGGCAUGACAUCACGGCCUGGGUUAACGAUCUCGUCUCUCUAAACUACACGAAGGUGGAGCAGCUCUCCUCAGGAGCAGCGUAUUGCCAGUUCAUGGAUCUGCUCUUCCCGGGCUGCAUCAGUCUUAAGAAGGUCAAGUUUCAAGCUAAAUUGGAGCACGAGUACAUUCACAAUUUCAAACUGUUGCAGGCGUCCUUCAAACGGAUGAAUGUGGACAAGAUUAUUCCUGUAGAGAAACUGGUCAAAGGCAGGUUUCAGGACAAUCUCGAUUUCAUCCAGUGGUUUAAGAAGUUCUUCGAUGCCAAUUACGACGGUAAAGAGUACGACCCGGUUGCAGCCAGACAGGGUCAGGAUGCCAUCCCCCCCCCUGACCCCGGUGAGCAGAUCUUCAACCUGCCAAAGAAGUCCCACCAUGCAGCCAGCUCCCCUACCGCAGGAGCGUCACGGUCGAGCUCUACAACCCCCAAGAUCUCAACACCGACAUCCAGACCUUCGUCAGCCAAAAAGAUCCCCGCUAUCACGACACCGAUUCCUGCCAAAGGAGAGAAAGAACUGGAAGCACAGGUCACACAUCUUACCGAGCAGAUGAACACAUUAAAGUCGGCACUGGAAGGCGUGGAGAAGGAGAGGGACUACUACUUCAGCAAGCUGCGAGAGGUGGAGCUGCUGUGCCAGGACCAGGGAGAAGAAAGCGCCCCGUUUGUGGAUCGGCUAAUGGAGGUCCUGUACGCUUCAGACGAACAGGAGGGAGCAGAGCUGGCUGAGGGCGACGGACAGGAAGUGGACCAGGAAGCCCACGAGGAGGCGCCAGAUGAUCAGCAGGAGGAGCAGGAUGAAUACUGACCGCCAUCAUCCCUCACUGCAGUUACAACCCUCUUUUUAAAUAUGUGAGAACUGUUACAGGAUUUUAAUUUUUUCCUCAUGGUUUAUUUUUGUUCUCUCUCCAAGACUGAGCACAUGAAGCAACCUCCUGAAUAGAAGCACCGUCACAGUUUUUUUUAUUGUUAUAUUUUUUUGUAUCCCUCUGCUCACUGUUCGAUGUUUUUUGUGACUUUUGGUGAACUGCUGCGGAGGGUUUGUGGAGACGACCUCCUCCAGCAGAACAAGCUCAGACCAUCACAGAAGUUUCUAAAGGACUGUGUGUGCGCAUGUGUGCGUGCGUGUGUGUGCGCGCGUGUGUGUGUGUGGAAAUACAAAUCCUACAGUAGACGUGAUGAACCGCUGAAGUUUAGACGGGUAACUGUUACCUGCCAGUGCAAGUGUUAACUUCCCAGCUUCUUUCCUUUUUUUUAAUUUUUUUUUAUUUUGCAUAUCAACAAUAAUAAUCACGAGAAUGCAAUAAGCAAAGCCCUGAAAGGGCUCGUAGUAGCUCUUAUUUAACCUCCUUUUCAUACGUUGCACUGACAUUUGACUCUGUUUUGGACAAUCUGUCCAUCGACCCUCACCAUAUUAUUUAUUAUUAUUAUUAUUAUUAUUAUUAAGCCUUAGGAAUAGUGCGAGAUUCUGCAUUGUGUCCUCAUGAAGGAGAACAAUACAGCCAGUGAAUUGUGAAUACGAUGUAGUAUAAAGCCAAGUUCUGACUGUUUCACAACUGUCCUCUCAAAUUUUCAAGAUAAUCAACGAUGUUUUAUUCACGCCGUACAAGGCAGUUAACUCUGUAUGCCAUAAACGUAGGGAAGGAAGAAACGUUAUUGUGGACUAGUUUAAUUAUGAUGCAGCAUUUUAAAGUUUUUAACCUCGGCUGAAACUUGUGGUCUGUUCAGAUUUCAGAUGUUUUUUUUUUUUUUUUUAAGCCACAGGUCUUAGGGAGUCGGUUCACUGAGUAAUUUUCCAGAUAUAUUCCAGUUAGUACAUCGUAUACCCUUUCUUAAUAUUGCAUUUACUAAUAUUGAACUGGGCAGUGCACCAUAAUGCUUUAGUUAUAUAUUAUUGUGUAAAUGAAAAAGAAUGUAAACAUGUACUGUCAAUAAUUAAUGAAUGGUAAAUGUUUUUUGUUUUUUUUCACGUCCCACUCAUUAUGCAUUCCCCAAAAAACGUGUUGCAUGUUUGCAUUUUAUUUGUGAAUAACUUGACCUGCUUUUUACAUAUUUAAUAAAAAAAAACUAGUAUGUUAAGUGAGCUUUUUGUAUGUUUAACCUGCUAUUUGGAAGAUGUUGAGAUUCGGAUGGAUUUGCUGUAAUAAAAUUACGUUUCGAGUCCA